UGGAUUACAUAAAAAAAAAUGGCAUUGAGACAAAAUAUUGAACAUUUACCUUGGAUAGUUCAAAAAUACGGUGGAACAAGUGUCGGCAAGUUUUUAAAUGAAAUUGCUAAUACCAUUAUUCCCACGUAUCUGAAAACCAACCGAGUGGUCAUUGUAUGUUCUGCACGAAGUGGCAAUACAAAGGAAGAAGGCACAACGAAUCGACUAUUAAGAGCUGCGGAAGAGGCAUUAAAAGAUGGAUCUAAUAAACAUCUGGAGAUUGUCCAAGAAAUUCGAAAAGAUCAUCUUAAUGCAGCAAGAGCGGUCAUUCAAAAUAAGGAAAUAUUAAUUCAUCUCGAAUCUCAGUUGGAAAAUGAGUGCCUGAAAUUGCAAUCCUUUCUGGAAGCCGCCGAGAUUAUUGAUGAAAUUUCACCUCGUUCUAAAGACAUCAUUGUUGGCAUGGGAGAGAAACUUUCAUGUACCAUCGUUACUGCCGUCUUGCGUGAUCAAGGCAUUGACAGUCAACUGGUAGUGCUAAACAACCUGAUCCAAAAAGAAUUCACAGUAUUGGAUGAAGAGUUUUACCAGUAUAUUGCCGAGCGUUUACAACAAGUGAUUCUAGAAUGCGGUCACCGUGUCCCUGUCCUUACCGGUUUCUUUGGUAACGUACCCGGCAGUUUACUCACGAGUAUCGGACGAGGCUACACGGAUCUCUGUGCUGCUUUAGCUUCGGUUGGUCUGAAAUCACAAGAACUUCAAAUCUGGAAAGAGGUCGAUGGUAUCUUCACAGCCGACCCACGCAAAGUCUCCACUGCACGUUUAUUACCCAUCAUCACACCGGAGGAAGCAGCCGAGCUAACCUAUUAUGGAUCCGAGGUCAUCCAUCCUUUCACGAUGGAACAAGUCAUCAAGGCAGAAAUCCCUAUUCGUAUCAAGAAUGUAGAGAAUCCUACAGGUCAGGGUACCAUUAUUUUCCCCGAUACCACCACCAGCAGCAGCAGCACAACAUCUGCAAGGAAUGGCUAUGCCACACCUCCACCUACACCCGCUGUGUUAGCUCAGAAUGGAUAUCACUCGGAUUUAAGUAGGAAACAUCCGACCGCCGUCACCGUCAAGGAUAAAAUUUGUGUGUUAAACGUACAUUCCAAUCGUAAAAACGUAAGUCAUGGCUUUUUGGCAAAGAUCUUUAUGGCUUUGGAUGAUCAUAAUAUUAUUGUCGAUUUGAUCUCGACGUCUGAGGUGCAUGUUUCUAUGGCUCUGUCUUCAGAUGUAGCACAAACACAGUGUUAAAAACGCAAAUUCGUGAUAUAACCAAUAUGCCGGAAUAGCAUCGUUUUUGUUUAAAAAGAACAAUACCGACAAGUUUAUUUGACUCACCGUCCAAAGCCAAUUAUAUCAGCUCCUGAAAAACAAAUGGUGGGUUUA